UUCAUUCUAUCCGCAAACGUGCAACUGUGACGACGACGAACUUUUUUGGCAUACCGCUGUGAUUUUUCCGGGAGUUGCAAUUCCGGCUCCUGAUCAAGUGAUACGAUUUUUUCUGUUGUUUAUUUUUUGGGGGAAAUUUUAAUUGAAUAUUUUAGACUUAGUUGAUUAGUGCAAAAAAAAAUCAAACGAUCGAGGUCGACUUUUGGAAGUACAAGUGUGUUUUCGACCAAGAACUCUACACGUGUCGGUGGCUGUUCGAAAAACUUGAGACGUAAAAGUGCACAUCGUGACAACGCAUACGCGUAAGCGUGUCCGCGAUCUUCGGUGCAUGUCACACGCGUGUUGCAUUGCGUACAACACCGAGGCGAUUCUAAGCAUUAGCAGCAGCAUAACUCAAACUGUGUUACAUCGGAAGGUGCAGGGGAGGACAGGGAACUCACCCACACAAUCAAUUUUCGUUUUUGGGAAAAGCAUCGGCAACAUAAUCGCAUCGAAAUCGCAGCCGCAGUCGCAUAGACCUAGUGUAUGAAAAUAAAACUAUCAAAACAGUACGAAACCGAAUUUUGUUGAGUGAGGACACCGGACCAAUCCCACAUCCUCAGACGAAGAGCGACAGAGAGAGUGAAGAAGUGCGGUUUUGUAAUUCCUCUGGAAACCGUCGAAGAGGACCGUGCAAGAAGAAGAACAGAAGUGGCUUAAGCAUAUUUGCAAUCCUACGCAAGUGGAGGAAGUGCAGCGCAAAACCUGAAAUCAGUGAACCAACAAACUGCUGGAGGUGAUAUUGUUGCGUGAAAAAUUAGCAAAUGUCUUAGGCAAACACAAGUAGUGAUAAAAAUCAAGUGAAAAUAAGUGAUAUUUGGUGAACACAGAAAUUCGCUAGAAACCACAAAAACGAAAACUCCCUCGCACAGCCAACAUAUUUUUGGAUCAAAUUUAAUCUGAAAAGAAGAAGUACGAAAAAAAAUCAGAUUCAAACCACUCCCCACAUUUUUGCAAUAAUUGUUUCGGACCCGCUGUGCUUGAGGUUAUCAAAAUUUUUUGCUCAAAUUGCUCAACCAACCUUUUUAUCAAAAAAAAAUCUGAAAAAUCGAUUGAAAAAAAAACGAACUAACUCUGUGUGACCAUUGUGCAAAAUUAUUAAGAAAAGCAGAAAUCUACGCUUCAAUUCAACAAUCGGAACGUGAUUAUGACUGAAUUUUGGAACGACUAAGAAUUUUGCAGAACAAAUUCCAGACAACUGACUAAGAACCUACACAAAAACCGCAAAAUGGGUAGCAGCGAGGCGCAAACCUACUGCCUACGAUGGAACAACCACAAAUCCAACCUGGUGGAGAUCCUGGACGCACUCAUCAAGAUGGAGUGCUACGUCGACUGCACCAUCUACGUUGACGAUCAGAUCCAAUUCAAAGCCCACCGGGUAGUGCUGGCGGCGAACUCGCCAUACUUCCAGUCGAUCCUACAAGAUGUUCCGAUGGAUCACUGUAGCAUCCUGUUCCCAGGGGUGCAGGAAUUCGAGAUGCGCGCCCUACUGGAGUAUAUGUACACCGGCGAAGUCAACGUCACACAAUCCCAAAUCCCGCGAAUCAUGAAGAUCGCGGAACAGCUGGAGGUCAAGGGACUGUACGAUAUGGCCGACCUUAAGGGUCGAUUUGAAAGAAUACCCGAUGACCACGAGCGAGAUCCCACCUUUGCCAGCAACAAUAACUACAGCACCAAAGCUCAUCCCCCGACUGGCAAUCAAGAAUCUCCUCCAGUGAUCUCGACUUCAACCAACGUUUCUAUUGCUCAAAGUAGCAGUUCAUCUCCGCCAUAUACCUAUAAAUCCCCAUACACCAGCCUCUAUUCUCGCACCAGCCCUACAGCUAUCGAAAGAGAGCGGGAUCGGGAACGGGACCGUGAGCGUGAACGUGAUCGGGACCGGGACCUUGAUCGCGAACGGGAGCGAGAACGUGAACGUGAACGAGAACAUUCCCAACAUCGCGACCAUUCACGUGACCGCGACCGUGAUCUAGGUCACGAACGUGACCUCGACGAACGUGAACGCCAUGAACAGUCAACUUCAUUCCCACACCCGCCUCCACACCCCGCCUUCUCCCACCACGGCGAACCUCACCCGGACGAUCAGCCCCAAACUUCAUCUGCCUCGUCCUCUUCCCUACCUCAACCAUCUCCCCAGAACCUGCGAUGGUCCCUACCCAGCCAAAUCCCAGUCACCCUCCAUCAACCCCAGUUCCACAACAUGCUCAGCUCCGUGUACGAUUCCAGUGCCGACAUGAACCCACUCAAGCGCAAAAAGAUCCAUUCCAUGACCAGCAUGCUUCACGACACCCCCAUUCUACGAAACGUUCUUGCUCAACCAAAUGCCCCGGACUCGUCGCAGUCCUCGCAAUCCCCCAUUUCCCUACAACUGAAGCAGGAAGUAAUGGCAUCGUCGGCAGCCAGCCAUCAACACCCAGCUGAUCACGGCCCUAGUCAUCAUUCCAAUGGAGGAGGUUACAAGCAUCUCAAGGAGCCCCUAUCUCCGUACGGUGACAAAUACGCUGAUGAGGCGAUGCUCGAAUCCCGUCUCAACUACAGUGCCGAGGAUGCUCGUCUAGCUUCGUACGUGCCGCACCAGCAGCAGAAACCUGAAUGGAAACGUUACAAACAGUACACUCGAUCAGACAUCCUGAGUGCGAUUGAGUGCGUCCGAAAGGGGAUGAGCGCUCUGCAAGCUUCCCGCAAGUUUGGAGUUCCUUCCCGUACGCUCUACGAUAAAGUUAAGAAACUUGGCAUCACUACCGGUCGACCGAUGAACCGCACCAUGAAACGUAGUCCCAGCUCCGGCGGCAGUCCUGCUCCGUUUCCUUAUGGAUUGAGCGGAGCUUCCCACAUGUUCGGCUCCGGACACCCUUCGGAACAACAAAUGCCAUCACAGUCCCAAAUAUCCCACGGUGAUGAAGAUAAAGCCAGAAUGAUGAAAUUGGAUCACGCCGGUCAUCAUCUGCCCCCAACGAUUCCUCAUCCGGCCGCUGCCCUUCUUGACCCGUCAUUCCUCCAGCAGGCUCUGGAGGCACGCGGUGGGGACAUCGCUGGACGUGAAGCCCUACACGCGAUGGCAUUUGCUGCAGCAGCUCAUGCCGCUGUCAAUGGAAUCAACACAUCUCCCGGAACUCAUGGAACCGCCCGCUCUCCAAGUCCGAACGUCCUGAUGAAGUAUAUGCGGACGGUCUCGAUGGGAUCUGCUGAAGACCGCGAUCAUCCUCCGAGGGAUUCCAGCGAAGCCGAUCGUCAUCACCGCAGCAAUGGUUCCGAAGACUACGAACGACUACCGCGAGAUUCGAUGGACCACGACGACCCCCGAGACAUCAGUGGAGCAACCGACGAUCACGUUGAAGACCUAUCAAUGCCUGCCAGACGUGAACUCGAUUCCGAUCGGGAUUCGGUUUCUCCACCACCGAUGCCAAGUCAUCUCCGAGAGCAUCACAUGCCUGCCCAGAUUCAUCCGCUGCAGCAGGGUGUGAUCGUUCCGGCCCCGAGCAAACUCAAAGAUGACUACAACGGUGCGAUCAAGCGAGAAAUCAUCGCCGACAGCAACGCUCCCAUGGAGUCUUCGUAGGCCACUCGCACUUUUCAUCUCUCUGCUUCUCUUCAACGCCUUUUUCGAAGAGAGCAGAUGGUUCUGUCAUUUCGUACUAAUGAGUUUCCUUAGGCACUUUAUCUCAGAAAGCUUUGUUCUUACAACUACAAAACGGGUAAAUUUAAUUCCUUUGUUCUGAACACUUUUGCUAUAUACAGAGACACAAAAGACAUUUGAUAGCUCAAAACAUGUUCUACAAAUUUUAGAGACUAAGUUACCAUAUUGAAUCGAGAAGCCGCGCAACAUAAGUUACCUAAAGAAAUCUGAAAGCAAUCCCACCUAUUAAGUUUACUGUAGCCUUAUUUGUAACUAAUUGUUUAGCGUUUAGCAAGCGUUUUAACUCAGAAAAAAAUCAAUUCAAACUGUAGAGUUUAGAGUCAUCAGCAAUAAACUGAGUAGCAGAAUCCAUUUAUAGUCAAUCAAACUCCGACAGCCGAACCAUAGACUGAGAGCCACAAAAGUUCCGUACUGCGGAAAACCCAAUACAUAUAUAGCUAACCAGAAAUAUAAAACCCUCUCUUUGAACCAGUUGAACAGAACCGAGGUGCAAUAGUUUUUUUACCUUCUUACAUUUAUAGAUUAUUAUAUAAAAAUAUAUAUUUUUCUUUUACUUUUUUUUGUAAAUUAUUCACACCUAUGCAUGUUUUCAAAUAAUUCUUAGGUUCGUUUUAUGACCUUUUUUUUUUGUUCUUUUUUACCUGUACUAUAAAAACCCUAAAACGGAGAGUAGAAAUCAUAUCAAAUUCCGUACUAGCCAAGGUGAAAUCACAGAAUCACACUUCCACACGCCAUGUGUCGGAACACUAAGUGAACAAGAGGAAAUCACGCUAACUCAGCAUCGGAAAGAUUGUAAAUAUCUCUAAAUACAUGCGUUAGGACGCGAAAGCGAGAAUCCUUAUUGUGGUUUAGAAACACUACCUUAGUAUAUCUUUAUCCCAUCUGUACUAUUACCCCUAGGACAUCUUUUCCCACCUUAAGUUUUCCCUAAGUUUUUCUAGCAGUUGUAGGUAGUAGCGAAAUAAUUGCCUUAAUUUCAAAUUGUUUUGUUUGAAUACACGAAUUAGAAAAAGUUCUCUGUUGAAACCUCACCAACAAGUGCCUAUAACACAGAAAAAAAACUGAGUUCAUCUAUCUAAAAUCACUUUAGACUUUGUAAGUGUAUAAAUUUCCUAACUAUUAAGUUCCAGAAAGAGAGUCUAUUCCUAAAAUUCGAAUUGCAACGCCAUAUUUUGAGUGACGCAUGCUGAUAAUUAUGUAGAGAAGGGAAAUUUCCCUUCAUAAUGUACCAAACAAUCGGUGUCGAAUGAAGGUGUUGUUGAACUAUUAGAGUAGCUGUGGACAAACAAAAAUCACUAUUAGUAAAAGUAGGAAUUUGGGUAGCAACAUUACGGUAGUUUAGUAGCUGUUAGUUGGAAUGAAUGCCAUAUUUGUGUAGUAGAAGAUGUUCCACAGCAAUGCUGGAUAUGAAGAGAAUCAUUUGAACAAAGAUGUAAAAUCAUUCAACCUGAUUUAUCUUCUUUCUAUAGAAACAAGACUGAUUAUAAAAAAAGAAAACUUAUUCAACUGAAUGUUUAAUAGGUUUCACCCAACCACUAGGUAAAGCUAAGAAAAAUGAACAAGAAAAGUGAGCAGAAAAGCUUGAUUCGGUAAACAACACGUUCUGAUUUGUCCUAGUUUCAAGUUAUUUUAAUCGGAAUGAAUUUUAAAGACUGAUUUAGACUUUUUCGAAACGCACGGCAUUAGCCUCGUUUUACUUAUAUUUAUUCACAGAAGACAAUUAAAAUUACCUACAAAAAAAAAACGAAACGAAAAAAACCGGCAGCGCAAAAUAAAGCAAAUAGAGACUACGUAUUUUAAGGUGUAUUAGCUCAAAAGAUAAAUUCUUACAAUCGAAAAUCGUGCUGGGGCGCUGCAAUACUACCACAUACACAUACGCAAAAACGCGGCUUAGUUUGACUUUGGCUUCCGCUACAAUAGUUAGACCGGAAGCAGAACGAUAACCAAUCGCAGAGAAACAGCUCACAAAUACAGUUACGUUCAAAAAAGAAUGAAAUCGCAUGAAGCUGCGCACCCACUUCCAACUUUGACAAGCUGCCAUUUCUCUCUCGGUUUAUAUUUUUUCAUGAAAAUUUCACACAAUCUAGUUCAACUAUCCAACUAACACUCCACAAAAUUUGAAGUCUUUACAAUGACGGGAAACAAAGAUACAGCUAUUCCCGUAAAAAAUGGAAAUUUGGAACUGCUUCACUAAAUUUGCUGUAUCUUUGACAAUUUUCAUUGAAAAAUUUUGAAAUUUGGUCAAAAGAUGUAAAAAUGUUUGAUCUAAUACCAGGCUAAGUUUCGUCAAAAUCGAUGAACGUGAUCAAAAAUGGUGCCGGAUUGAAAAUGAGCUUCAUUAUCGCCCAGCAGACGAUUUCAUUCUUUUUUGGACGGAUGUUUGUAUGGAAAACAUCGUAAUCUAUGUAUUCUGGUUUUUUCUUUCACAAAACCAACAUUUAUAACAAAGAAUGUUGUAAAUUGAUAGGAACUUCAUUUUUGCUUUGUUUAGAAAUAGAAAUUAUUCCAACAGAGCUGGUAUUUAAACAAAAUAGCGAAUAGAAUACUCGCUUUAAUUGUGGAUCAAAUUUGAUUAUCGGUGUAAUUAGCAGGUCAUUACUGAAACUCUGUUCUUUUUAUUUUGAACCCUGUUGGAACAUUUUCUCUUUCGAAACAAAGCAAAAAUGAAGUUCCUUUCAAUUUACAACAUUUUUUUUGAUAAUUUUUUGUUUUGUGAAAGAAAAAAACAAGAGUAUAUGGAUUACGAUGUUUUCCAUACAAACAUUCGUCCAAAAAAGAAUGAAAUCAUCUGCUAGGCGAUAAUGAACCUCAUUUUCAAUCCGGCACCAUUUUUGAUCACGUUAAUCGAUUUUGACGAAACUUAGCCUGGUAUUAGAUCAAACAUUUUUACAUCUUUGGACCAAAUUUCAAAACUUUUCAAUGAAAAUUGUCAAAGAUACAGCAAAUUUAGUGAAGCAGUUCCAAAUUUCCAUUUUUUACGGGAAUAGCUGUAUCUUUGUUUCCCGUCAUUGUAAAGACUUCAAAUUUUGUGGAGUGUUAGUUGGAUAGUUGAACUAGAUUGUGUGAAAUUUUCAUGAAAAAAUAUAAACCGAGAGAGAAAUGGCAGCUUGUCAAAGUUGGAAGUGGGUGCGCAGCUUCAUGCGAUUUCAUUCUUUUUUGAACGCAACUGUACAACCGAACAAAAAAAAAACAGACCACGGACAUUGAUCAGAGCCAGUAGCAUUAACUUGAAAGGAUCAAAAUUGUACAUUUAGUUUUUUUUUUCCUCCUUGAUCACACAGUUUAGUUUAUUGUUACAUUAGAACGUUUUAAAUUAGAACUAUUGCUUAUCACACUGUUCUAGCGGAUAAGGAAAAAAAACUAUCGGAAAAAGGACACAUAUAAUCAAAAGAAAACGGAAAAAAACGGAGUUCCAAAAA